AUGGCAUUUGUGGAGAGGUGGCAUCUACAGACCUCGUCCUUUCAUCUUCCUCACGGCGAGAUCAUUAUUACUCUGGACGACAUUGCAUGUCUGCUGCAUCUACCUAUCAGAGGUGCCCUCCUUAGUCACGGUAGGCUGACAAAAGAGGAAGUGAUGGAGAUGCUGAUGGAGGAGCUAGGGGUUGAUUCUGAUGAUGCGCUUGAGAAGGUGGAGGGGAUCCGCGGGGCGCACAUGAGGUUUCUCACCUUACGACAGAUAUAUGAUGCAGAGCUUCUUAUGACACAUCAGGCUACUGGUGAUGAGGAAGAGGCGAAUAUACACAGAGAGCGGGUGUUGAGAUGUUACUUUCCAUAUUUGAUAGGCAUUCAGCUCUUCGUGGACACGAGCUUAACCUACACUGACAUUGUUUACUUGACGUACUUAUCGGACAUUACACGUGUCCGUGAGUACAACUGGGGAGCGGUUACACUAGCCUACACCUACCACCGACUAGGAGAGGGAUGCCUGUGGAAGGCGAGGAUUGUGGAAAACAGCUAUACCCUCUUAGUGGUAACAAACUUUUAUCCUUAUACAUUUUCUUAA